AUGAUGAUGCACAUGGGAGGUGAUCCAAACGUAACAUAUACAAGACCUGACAUCAUCUACGCAGGUUCUCGAACCACUCAUUGGCUAUUCACCGUUGCUCUUUCAUUUCUAUUACCAUCCAUCUACACAGUUCUAACGUUCGCUGGAAGGUUGAAAAGUUCGUUAUUCUUCCAAAUAAUUGCUGGAAUCUAUUCAAUCAUUGAAGUUUGUUUCUUAUCUUUCGCUGACAAUAGUGGGAUUGAGAACAUCACAUCCCGCGUUAUGGGCAUUAUAUUAUGUAUAUUGAUUUGGCUAAGCAUCUUCAUUGGUGCGUUGACCUCUGGAACAUCGUUCUUAAUCAAGAAUAAGAAAUUAGAGAAAUUCGUCUCCAACACAGGGGAGACCAAGUUGACGUACGUUCAUCGUGGGAUGUCCUUCGCUAGCGUUUUACUUGGUUGGUUGAAAGUUUGUAUGGCUCCUGUGGCCAUGUUUGGUUUCUGUAGAGAUAAUCAUACGGGCCAAUGCUUGGCUCAUGGUAUCAUGGGAACUGCAUUCGUUUGGUAUGGAUUUGUUUAUUCUUUUGCGUUAGUCAUACCUCGGAUAACAAAAUCUCAAGAAACAUCAUAUUCACAAGAUCAUAUUGAUAGUUGGGUGAUGUGUAUCUGGGGAAUAGUGAACACUUUCACGGAACAUCGAUGGGGUAGAGAAGAUUGGUUUACACACGAUUAUCAACAUACUGCCAUGGGUAUCAUAUGGUGGGCUGGUGGUAUAUUGGGAAUUUUCUUAUCAAGGAAUGGUAAGAGAACAUUUGUACCCAGUUUAUUGAUAGUGAUCACUGGCUGGGCAAUGUCACAACAUCAUCAACAUUUGGAAGUCAGUACAAAUGUUCAUUCAUUUUUCGGAACGGUGUUGAUGAUAGGAGGAAUGUUAAGAAUUGUUGAAAUAUGUAUUAUAUUGCGUGACAAGAAAUAUCUAGACCAGAUACUCUCCUUCCAGUAUUUGUCACCCUUCUGUUUGGUAUCAGCAGGAUUAUUAUUCAUGGGUGCCACUGAGGAACAAAUGAUAUUGGUUCUUCGCUUGGGAGCAGAUCAUAGUUCUUACAUCAUGGUCGUAAUGUCUGGUGCAUUUUUAGUCUUCUUCUGGAUGCAGUUGUGUUUGAAUACAUACUUGCAUUUGGUUCAGAGAGAACAGAUAGGGUUCCUUGAUACUUAUCCAACACUAUUGAAUGCCCAACAGCGUCAGGACCAGGAUGAGAAUGAUGAAACGUUCGAACUUGAAAGAGAUGUUUCAGAGAGUUUGGAUAUUUAG